UUUCCAGCAGCCUUUCGUUUUCAUUCUAGCCUUUACUUUGGUUUGAUUUGAUUAAUAAAUGGUGUAGUAACACAAGCAGCCUUGCUUGCUAUCGGUGUGUUUCAGCCUUCAAAGGAACAAGCAGCCAGGCAAGGCGAAGUAGGGAGAUAAUAAAUAAAUAAAUGAGCUUUGUGCUGCGUGGACUGAGGGAAAACAAAUGUCUAAGAGGUUGCGCUAAACUUUAAGUGAGUUUGGGAUGUUGAAAUGGGAUGGCCACAUGGUUUUUACCGCCUCCUUCCUUUCACUAAAGAUGAGGAGUUAGUGUAAAAAAAGUGUUUGCGGAUGGAGGGAGGGAGGGAGAGUGAAGGUGGAGUGGGGUUGAGUCGGACAUACGGUGGUCUGAUCUAUUUUGGCCACCACCUUCUGCUCGGAAAUGAGUACGGUUUGCACACAAUGUAAAGUCAGAAGAGGCAGAAGUGGAUGUGAGAGACAGACACACACAGAGACACAGAGAGCGAAAGAGGGCAAGAGACUUGACUUUAAGAGACUCCUGCACUGACAACUCCAUGCAGUUCGGAACAAGAACGGCAGCGACCGACUCUGGUUUCAUGGGGACAUGGCAGAACACUGACACUAACCUCUUAUUCAGAAUGUCCCAACAGGCCAUCCGCUGUACACUGGUAAAUUGCACAUGUGAAUGUUUUCAGCCAGGGAAGAUUAACCUGAGAACCUGCGAUCAGUGUAAACAUGGCUGGGUGGCUCAUGCCUUGGACAAGCUUAGUACUCAGCACCUCUACCACCCAACUCAAGUGGAGAUUGUGCAGUCCAAUGUUGUGUUUGACAUCAGCAGCCUGAUGCUCUACGGUACUCAGGCUGUGCCUGUGAGACUGAAGAUACUGCUUGACCGACUCUUCAGUGUACUGAAGCAAGAAGAGGUGUUGCAUAUUCUACAUGGCUUAGGCUGGACACUGCGAGACUACGUUCGAGGCUACAUUCUUCAGGAUGCUGCAGGCAAGGUGCUGGACCGCUGGGCCAUCAUGUCCAGGGAAGAAGAGAUCAUUACCCUUCAGCAGUUCCUGAGAUUUGGAGAAACUAAAUCUAUCGUGGAGCUGAUGGCAAUUCAAGAAAAAGAAGGGCAGGCUGUGGCUGUGCCAUCUUCAAAGACAGAUUCAGAUAUAAGGACUUUUAUUGAAAGCAAUAAUCGCACCAGGAGCCCAAGUCUCCUUGCUCACCUGGAGAAUAGCAACCCUUCCAGCAUUCAUCAUUUUGAAAACAUCCCAAAUAGCCUUGCAUUCCUGCUUCCAUUCCAGUACAUAAAUCCAGUCUCUGCUCCACUGCUGGGGCUGCCUCCAAAUGGCCUCCUGCUGGAACAGCCAGCAAUGAGACUCCGUGAACCAAGCCUUACGACCCAAAACGAAUAUAAUGAGAGCAGUGAAUCUGAAGUUUCCCCUACGCCUUUCAAGAAUGAGCAAGCAUCCAGCAGGAAUGCUUUGACUAGCAUCACAAAUGUGGAGCCCAAAACUGAGCCAGCCUGUGUCUCUCCUGUUCAAACACCUACGCCAGUCAAUGAUUUAUCGAAAACAGAACACACAAAAAGCUCAUUCCGAAUUCACAGAAUGAGGAGAAUGGGGUCAGCCUCCAGGAAAGGAAGAGUGUUUUGCAAUGCAUGUGGCAAAACUUUCUAUGAUAAAGGUACUCUUAAAAUCCACUACAAUGCUGUGCACCUGAAAAUCAAGCAUCGAUGCACUAUUGAAGGCUGCAAUAUGGUCUUCAGCUCUCUCAGAAGCCGCAAUCGCCACAGUGCUAACCCAAAUCCCCGCCUCCACAUGCCUAUGCUAAGGAACAACCGUGACAAAGAUCUAAUUCGUGCUACAUCAGGUGCCGCUACUCCUGUCAUAGCAAGUACAAAAUCCAACCUAACUUUAACAAGCCCUGGGCGUCCACCGAUGGGGUUUACCACUCCCCCUCUGGACCCAGUACUACAGAACCCUCUUCCCAGUCAGCUGGUCUUCCCAGCUUUAAAGACUGUCCAACCUGUUCCUCCUUUUUACAGAAAUUUACUUACUCCUGGAGAGAUGGUGAGUCCUCCAACUUCACUCCCAACCAGUCCCAUAAUACCAGCUGUGAGUGGCAUGGAGCAGCAUCCCCCUCCUCCUUCAGAGUCAUCGGUACCUUCAGUGUUGAUGCCCACCCCAGAGCCCAAUGCAGACCUUGCCCCCAAAAAGAAGCCAAGAAAGUCAAGCAUGCCAGUUAAAAUUGAAAAGGAAGUUAUUGACACUGCUGAUGAGUUUGAUGAUGAAGAUGAAGAGGUGAAUGACAGGAGCACAAUGGUGAAUGACAUUGGUCAUGACAAUCACUGCCAUUCUCAGGAGGAAAUGAGCCCAGGCCUGUCUGUUAAAGACUUUUCCAAAAAUGACAGAAGCAGAUGUAUGUCCAGACCAGACAUAAGAAGGGCAGAUAGCAUGACAUCAGAAGACCAGGAGCAUGAGAGAGACUACGAAAAUGAGUCAGAGUCAUCAGAGCCCAAAUUGUGUGAAGAAUCCCUGGAAGGCGAUGAUCGCCUCCAUGAACCUGGUGAAAAAUCUAUGAUGCACAGUGACCGACCAGAUGAAAACCACAAUGACUCUUCCAACCAGGAUGUCAUUAAGGUGAAGGAAGAGUAUACAGACCCUACAUAUGAUAUGUUCUAUAUGAGCCAAUAUGGACUGUACAAUGGAGGCAGUGCCAGUAUGGCUGCUCUUCAUGAAAGUUUUGCUUCUACAUUCAACUACAGCAGCCCUCAGAAGUUCUCUCCAGAAGGUGAAAUGUGCUCCAGUCCAGACCCCAAGAUCUGCUAUGUUUGCAAGAAAAGUUUCAAGAGUUCCUACAGUGUGAAGCUUCACUACCGAAAUGUUCAUUUAAAAGAGAUGCAUGUCUGUACAGUGGCUGGCUGUAAUGCUGCGUUCCCAUCACGGAGAAGCAGAGACAGACACAGUGCUAACAUAAACCUGCAUCGUAAACUGUUGACCAAAGAACUGGAUGACAUGGGCUUGGACACUUCACAGCCUUCUCUUAGUAAGGACCUCCGCGAUGAAUUUUUGGUGAAGAUAUAUGGCGCUCAGCAUCAGAUGGGGCUUGACAUAAGGGAAGACACCUCCUCGCCUGCUGGCACUGAGGAUUCCCAUAUGAAUGGGUACGGCAGGGGCAUGGCAGAAGACUAUAUGGUACUAGACCUGAGCACCACCUCCAGCAUCCAGUCCAGCAGCAGUAUCCAUUCCUCAAGAGAAUCUGAUGCAGGAAGCGAUGAGGGUAUUCUCCUGGACGACGUCGAUGGGGCAAGUGACAGCGGGGAAUCUGCCCAUAAAGCAGAUGCCCCUGCCUUAGCUGUAGGUAUGGGCACCGAUGUCCCAGGAUCCCUCAUGUUCAACAGUGUUUCGGUGAGCAACGGUGGGAUAAUGUGUAACAUUUGCCACAAAAUGUACAGCAACAAGGGAACCCUCAGAGUGCACUACAAAACAGUGCACUUGCGAGAAAUGCACAAGUGCAAAGUCCCUGGGUGCAACAUGAUGUUCUCCUCUGUCCGUAGCCGAAACCGGCACAGCCAGAACCCCAAUCUGCAUAAAAACAUUCCUUUCACUUCAGUAGAUUAGGUCAAGGAUGGACACAGCAUAAUGCCAGCUCUCAGAGAGGGCCCACUACAUCUGAACUGCCGUAUAGAGUCUCCCUUUUUAUAUAUAUAUAUAUAUAUAUAUAUAUAUAUAUAUAUAUAUAUAUAUAUAUAUAUAUAUGUAUAUAUAUAUAUGUAUAUGUAUAUAUAUAUAUACAUAUAUAUACAUAUAUAUACAUGUAUAUGUAUAUAUACACACACACACAAGUAUACAUAUAUAUAUAUAAUUUUUUUCUUUUCUUUUUUAACAAAAGAAAAAAACACCAGGUGCUUUUUCCCCUUUCUUGGUUGUUGGGGUUUUUUUCUUUUAUAUUUUUUUGAUAAAAACAAAAACGUAGGACCUUUAAUUUGGGGGAAGAGACCCUUCAUAAAAAAAAAAAAUAAUAAAAAAAGAAAACCAAACAAAAAAACCAAACAAACAUCAAACAAAUAGAAAAACUGCAGUUGUCCCUAGCUCUGUUAGAAUGUUCUUGGUCAUCUCCAAAGAGCCAGUUUGUUCUUCCCUUAACUUUUGCCUGAAAAAAAAAACCCAACAAAAAAAACCCAAAACAAAAAAACAAAAAAAAAAGAACAAAAAAGAACAACAAAAAAAAUCACACAAAAAAAUCCCCCCAAAAAUAAAAAAAAAAAUUGCAAACAACAAAAAGAGAAAGAAAAAACAAUCUACUUAGUUGUCUUUGUGUCUUCUAAGCAUUGGGGAUAACGUUCUACUAAGCAUGGCUGUUACACUUGUAUAUAUAUAUUGAGCCUUGACAGGCCUAUGAUGUAAAACAAUUGUAUUGAUGGUGGUUUAACUCUAAUUUUUUUGCUUAAUUUUUACAGUUACAUUCAGCUGUUAGAUAAGCAGGAAAAAUAGUUUGCUGCCUAGUUUUACUCAUUUAUGUUAGCUUUAAUGCACAUUUUUAAAAGAACCACGGUCUUGUUUUAACUACCUGCUAGAUAUAAGUAAAACAGAGGUGCUGGCAUGCUUUACAGUACCUGAUUUGAUACAGUUUUUUUGUCUUGUACUAUUACAUAAAUCCAGUCAUGCACUUUUUCGUACACUACAAGGGGAUGUGUAAUAAUAUCCAUGCUUUUUUUUUUCUUAAACUAUUGCCAUAUUUUCAGUAAGUGUCUUUAAAAAAAUACACUUAGAUAAAAGUGAUCUGGUCAGUACGAGGGCAUGAAUGCCAAACAAAGAGUAUUAGUGUUUAGUGUUAAUACAAAAGUGCCAACUUUGCACACAUUUUGAAAAAAGAAAAUGUAGUUAUUCACCAUAUCCACAGUUGUACUUUUUGGACUACACACCGAAGAAUACUGGGGAGGGAACAGGGAUAAAGUGAAAUACAGAAUUCUUGGUGCUUUUUCCAAGUGCCAAUUAUUACUAGAAACAAGAGUGCAUCCUUAUUCCUUACAUACUACAUUGCAUAAAAGUGAAAAAAAACCCCAGAAUUUUGUCAUGUGAAACAGUAGAAAUUUUUUUUUGUCAGACAUGCAUAAUAUUUGGGGAUACAAAUGCUGAUACUACUUGUCACAGAACAAAGAUGAAUAUAAUUUUGUGUGCUUCUUAUUAUAGCCUGGAUUUUUGUGGUGUUUAAAAAAAGAAUCAAAACAAACAGGGAAAAAAUAUUAACUAUGUUGUUCUGUAAAGUUGUCUUUUUUGCAAUGGAAAGUGCUGUAGUAUGAUUAAGGCAUGUUUUAUAGAAAAAAUCAAAAGAAAUUAUUGGCAGAAGCACUUAGUAGCUCUGAAAAUAUAUGCUGGAAUUUUUAUUGAGUGACUUUCCCUUUGGAUAAAAUUAGAAGACAGAGAAAAAGGAUGUCUAGUUGUGUUAAUGUUUUGUGUUUCACUCGCAUGAUUUGUCAGAAAAUAACAAAAUUCCAAGAAAUAUAGUGAGCAAGAGAGCGAGCCCAACCAGAAGACAGAGAAGGAGCAAGCAAUUGAGAAAGGCAGAGAGAAAAGAGGCUGCCCUCCGCAGUUUUUUGUUUCCGAUGUUUACACAUGUUGCUUGAGCUGGUAAACCACACUGGCAGCCUUAGUUACCACAACAUACUGACAGAGAGAUGGUAUUUACUUAAGCUCAAUCUACAGCCAAAGCCAUUAGGAUGUGUGUUGUAGACUUUUCUUUACAAAACAAAUAAAAGUAACAAAAUCAAAAAGAAACAAACAAAGCAACCCCUAAGGGAUAUUUCAGCAUACAAUAAAAUAUUCCUUCAGUGAGAAUGUGUUCCUUUUCUGUAUUUACUGACCCAGAACAUUAUUCUUAGCAAAGAGUCAGAAAUGCUCCAUUGUUUCAGCUUGUCGCUGUAUUGUUUUGUUGUGCAUUUUGAUUAUUCUUACUUUUUAGGUCCACUUCAGUACUUAACUCUUAUUACAUUUUCUAGAGGAAAUUCUUAAUAUAGGUUUCCUCUUUUUUAGUACUUUUAAUGCAUUUCAGUAUUUUUGUUUCCAAAAGUAGGAAUCAAUAUCUAAUAAAUCAGUAUUUCCUUUUGUAGAAAAUAAAAGAAAAUAAUUUCUAAAUUAAUUCUCACUAUGUUCCUAUGAGUUACAAGCCUCUGAACGUUUUGGGUUUUUUUAUUUUGUGCACUCAUGAAGCCCUGAAAACAUUUGUGAAUUCCACAGAUACUGUAAGAAAAAUUUACCUUCUGGUUUAUCAAAAAGAAACUUUAUAGAAAAAAAGUAAGCUGUUUCACUGACAUUUUUCUUUCAUCUAUUUUAUUUUCCUCAAAAUCUCAACUACUUUGCCUUGUUAAAUUGAGUGAUCUGCUUUGUUUUGUUUUAUGUUGUGCAAGCUCAGUGUGUUUGCGAGAAAGGGAAAUUAGAACAGUAAGGGAGCAUUUUUCCAAAACACAUGAACCUUUGUAGUGUUACCUGUACUGCACUCUCAUCUCUCCUCCCAGGCUAAUAGGAAUAAGUAAUACAGAAAGUCUAAGAAAUAAAAGAACUCAAAUGGAAUUAUAUAUACAGGAAAAAAACCCCCACUCUUUUGUAGUAUGCACGGUAAAAUAAAUAUAAUUUUUUAAAUGAAAAACGCAUUUGAGGUAUAUAAAGAAUUCCUCACUGAAUGAAUCACUGUUCAGCAUUCUUAUUUCACUAUGAUUCUGUUAGAGGUCAAAUGGGUUUGGUAAGCUUGUUUGAAAAUUUACAUAUCACGUGUAGAUAAACUCAGCAGAUUAUUGACAUAGAAGAAAAAAAAAAUCUGUUUAUUACAGAAAAUUUAACAGCACAUAGUAAAAAGUAAGGAAAAAAGAUAAGCCUCCAAAAACUGUUAGGACCUCACAAGUCCUGUUUUUAAUUUCAUUCAGAUUUUGCUUAAGCUAUGUAGACAAUAUCAUCCCUGUCUUGUGGACAGAACACUACUUACUGUUAUUUUUAGGCAAAUCUUGGCAAAAGUAAUUUCUUCAGUGUUAGUGAUACUAAUGUCAGAACAGUCUUUUUCUUUAGAAGGACACUUACAUUUCCUUUGAAUUGAAUGGCAUUCCCCUCCUUUCAACUUAGCAUGCAUCUCUAUGAGAAUCUGUAUUUAUAAGAAUUGUUCUUGUGGUGGAAUUUAUAUCAUCUGACAUUAUCUGAAAAAUUCAUAAAGGGGCUCUGGCAUAGCAGCUUGGUUUUACUGAAAGCAGCAUUUCUGAGUGAUCUCAGCAGAGACCCAGAGUGCAGUAAUAAUGACCAAACAUUUCAUCUCUUCAGCACAGAACAUGGCCUGUAAUGGUGUGAUGACAUGAUAAGUACUGUGCAGUUGUUUAUGUUAUCACAAAUCUGUGGCUAUUCCUUCGGUUUCCAAACCUGUCAGUCUAAACCAUUUUACAAGAACUAGACCAGCUUUGAGGAAGAUCCUCUUCUCUUUACAUGGAGUUUGUUCCUUCUUUUUUGGUUCCUGUAGUUAUUGUGGUCACUCUUUCCAUAUUGUUUCACUGUUUUAUUCAAGGUAGUUGUAUUUUUCUGUAAAUAUCAAAAAACUUUGUCUGCAAUUAGAAGAUAACUGUACUGAAUCUCCUUUAGAAACAGAACUAUUUGUCUGGAAGUUGUUUAGGAUUUUUAUUUUCAUUGUGAGGGUUGUGGGGUAUGGUGUGUCAGGAAAGCAUAUGUUAAUGGUUAAUCACUAGGUGUCUUUUGAAAAACUGUACGAAAAUUUGGAAGGAAAACAGCACAGUCAAAGCACAAGAUUGGAAACCAUGAGUUUUAACAACCCUGGUAGACCCUUCUAACUUUUUAGCCUCACACAUAUCAUAUCACUUACCUACUUAUGUUUCAGUCUGUUAGACUAUCACUAAUACUAAUAUGAUUUUGCCCAUAAGUGUGCCCCUGUGAGGUCCAAUUGGCUGGUAUUAGUAAAGAGCUAAUUUAACUCAUAAAUAUUUUUGCACACCUUAAAAUAUUUAGUCAAUUUUUCUGAGCUAUAUCUCAAUCAGGAACAUUUUGUUAUGCCUGAGAUUUUAACCUUGCCUUUUAAAUUGUAGCUGAUACUGUGGUGACUCUGUAGACAUGCACACAUGGUAUAAGCACUGUCACUGAGUCACAGCUCAAUUUGACAAAAUGUGAAAGAUAUAGAUUAAAAACCUUAAUAGCAGAUGGACACUGCUCUUAAAGAUCUCUCAAAGGCUUUUCAUGUCUGAGCUCAUAAAAUUUGUAUGUUUCCUAGGGAUCUGUAGAGAUUUUACACAGAAGAAAUUCUGUAACUUGUUUGCCAUGGGUAAACUUCAGUGUAUCUUCCUUCCUUCCUUCCUUCCUUCCUUCCUUCCUUCCUUCCUUCCUUCCUUCCUUCCUUCCUUCCUUCCUUCCUUCCUUCCUUCCUUCCUUCCUUCCUUCCUUCCUUCCUUCCUUCCUUCCUUCCUUCCUUCCUUCCUUCCUUCCUUCCUUCCUUCCUUCCUUCCUUCCUUCCUUCCUUCCUUCCUUCCUUCCUUCCUUCCUUCCUUCCUUCCUGCCUGCCUGCCUUCCUGCCUGCCUGCCUUCCUGCCUGCCUUCUUCUGUCUCUCCCUCUCUUCUUCCCUUUCCACCUCUCUUCUUCCCUCUCUGUCUCCCUUCUUCCAUGUCUCCCUUCCUCCUGUUGUGGAACUGAAAGUGUACUCUUUCUGCCUGUUCCACAAGUUUAUACAUUUUCCAUUACCUAUAUGUUUCCCAUUCCAUCCCCCAAAAAAGGAACUGUGUAGGAAAAGUUAGUAGAGUCAGGUUCUGUGAAGUAGCUGACAGCAGUGGUCAGUACCUCAGUUGAUUUGGUCUAGUACAAUUAAUAGGAAGUGGGGCUCCCAGGAUGCACUUGAGGUUUCCCUGAGUUUUAGCCUUUCCAACCCAGUUGAGGAUCUAACAUAGCUAAGUAUAUGGGGUAGGAAUGUAAAAGAAACAAGACAAAGAGCUGUGUGGGUAUCAUGAAAGCUCACAAAUAUGCUAAUUCAAGGUCUGAUCUGUUCCAGAGAUAGGAACCAUUUUCAAGACCAGGGAUUUAUUUCCAAAAAUUUCUCUUUCAAUGUGUAUGAUAUUUUGUAAUCAAAAUGCUUGAUGUCAACCCAUUUUUCACAUGGUGGUCAUUAAGGAUGUCAGGUGCUGUCAGAAAAUAGGACAUAUUUUUACAAAUGUAUUUCUACUCAAAUUCUGCAGGACAUUUUGACAGCAACAUUGGUGGCAGAGUAAAUUAUAAGGAAGGGAAUGUGUGUGGUCAGGGAGUGAACACAUGCUCCUCUAAGUUUUUUUGCCACAUGCAUGAACAGAACUGUUACUUCUUCAGUCCCCAGAAUGUUUUUGUCACUUUUCUUUUUGGGUUAACAGAAUCACUCUUUUUAUUUGAAAAGAGAAGCAAAGGUGUCUGUACGAAGGGCAAGGAGGCAGCAGGAGUUCUCUGUGGGGAAAAGGUGAAUGGCAGACACAUGAUGGCAGCUGGUAUAUUUCAGUUCCUUCUUAGUUUUGUUGGUUUUUUUUUUUCCUUAUGUAGUGACAUAAGGAAAAGACUUUGCUGCUAUAGUAACUUAACAAAACAGUGACUGUAGUGCUACUUUGCUAGAUAAGCAUCAGCAUAUCCUGCUGUUGCCACAUGAUGAGUUGAGCUUUUUUCUCCUGUUCUGUAGGGACAUAAAAGGAACUCUUUUCCAUGCCCAUUUCUACUUCAGGAACAGAGUAACAUCAUAUGAUGGACUGAACCUUUCACCCACAUGUUUGCCCAAAUACAUGUCUGUUCCAGUCUCAUGGUUUCUGUCUCUUCCUGCCAACACUGCAGCAUUGUCACUGCCUUUAAAAUGGCUGUUAACAGAGUGAAGUAGCAACUAUUUUACAUAAGUAGUAUUAUCUGGAGUUUGUAGUUAACCAGUCUUGUGUGGCUUGUUUUCUCUGUUCAAGUCAUGAUAUUGAAUGACAGGUUUGAUUUUUUGAUCAAGGUAUAUUGAUCAUGUAUAUCCCAAUACUGUUGCUGUUAUGUUUGGCACUGACACUUAAAUGAAAAUGGUUCUGGACCACCAAAGGGUUAAAAAAUGGACAUGUUUUUGACAAGUCCUCUGACUUUUGCCAGUAUUAUUGUUCAUUAUGAUGACACUGUGUUUUUUUAAAUAGCAGCUGUAGUUGUCAUGAAACUAUUUUCCCAUUCCUCUCCUUUAAAGUGUGAUGUUGUAAAUUCAUGUGACCUUUCCUGCAAAGAAUAAAUAUUUCUUUUUUUAUAUAAGAUCUCAAGACAAGGCUUGUUUUGUAACAAAUAGUGGCCCAUUACAAAGCAGGAAAAAAACUGAGCUGAGCAGCAAGAAGCUUCAGUUCAAUUUCACCUCAUAUCUUUCUAAUAACUUACUUGUCACUUUAUUACCUUCCAGUAAUGUGAAUGCUGCUGACAAGACUGUCACACUAACAGCAGACAACACCCUCUCUUCCUUAGCCCCAGCUCUCCUGGCUACUUAUUGCACUGGCCCUGAAGGGACACAAACUAAUAGUGUGCUUUCAAGUUCAGCACUUGGCCAUCAAAUAUAAAAGGAUGUGUAAUUGCCUGUUUAUCCCCUGUGAAGGCGAAAUUGAGUGUAAGAACCAGGCUUUCCCUCCCCAUUCCCUAACACACACACACAUGCAGACACACACACUCGCACACAAAUAUGCACACACAUUUGCAGUGAGUGAAGGGAAGUCCCAUCUGGAACACUUUGAUUUGUCUUUGGGAAGCCCAAGGCUGCCACUGGCUGCUCUAUCGAGCUAUCAGGUAGACAGUAACAAGAUGGCUUCUUAGCAAAAGGUCAGCUGAGAAAUACUGUCUGUAAUGGCACUUUUGUCUGCUUAUGUAGCAACUAAUUGCUUUGUAUUGGCAUAAGCCAUACUGUGCCUGCUAGAAAUAGUUGUUUGAAUUUGCUACAUGUCUUGCUGCAUAGGUUCAGUGUCAAACAGGAUGCACAGUCUAUUUUUUUAACUGGUUUAGCCCAUCCCUGGGCAAAUUUCAGAUCAAUAUCAUCCUCUUGGGUUCCUGUCAUGAAAGCCAAUUCCCUAUAUCCCAUUCUAUUGUCAUAGGAAAAUCUCCUGCUUAAGUCAGCAUGAAAUUCAGUAAAGUUUAUCUUAGAUAAACAUAUCUGAGAUACAAUCUGCUGAUCUCAUGAAAGGAGGAAUUUUUGUUGUGAUUUAUACCUUCAUUUGCAAGAGCACUGCUAAAAGUACAGGCUCCAGAAAUGCUUCUCAGAUAGGCCAUCAGAAGAGAGAGAGUUUUAUAGUGAAGUAUCUUGAGAGCAAUGCUAUGUUUUAAGAAAUUUUAAGUGCAUGAAGCCAGUGUACCUGACUGGAGUGACUCCCCUUCCAUUCUAUUGUGUGCAUUCUGACUGCUGAAUAGCAGUUGAAAAUUGAGGUAGGCAGAGGAGCUGCUGAAGAAUGCUUUUCUUGCAGGGUCUGCAGCAUUCCCAUGCCAAGAUCAUAACACCGGUCCUGUGUGUACCUGUGAGCAUUGGGCACUGUGGGUUGAGCAGUGCUGGCAGCAAGUGCAGCACCAAAAAGUCAAACAUAGGUUUCAGACAAAGUCCAAGACCAAGAGAUCUAAACACAGCCAUUUUGGGAUCAAUCCAUGGCAUUGGUUGGCUGCAGCACCUCUUUGCUGGUUUCAGAUGCUAAUACUGUCAACAGCCCUGUGUGGUAAUUUGGUGUUUGCUGCAACAGAGGUGAUGGUGCCCACCAUAAAUAUGCUAAGGUCUUUUACCAGUCAAAGGUCACUGAUCAUUUCCCUCCUUUUCCUUCCGAGUUCAUCAGAAGCUACAAGGGUGAAACCAACAGACAAAUUCCUGAGGCCUGUUUGUAUCAGAAGUCUAAAGGCUGAGCCCAGACUCUGUUCCCGUGUCAACUCCAUGUGUACAUGGCACUGAUGGAGGUUGAAGCAGCCAGAUGAGCUGACCUGCGAUGAUGAGCUUGGGGCAGCCUUUCUUGCUGUACCAUUUCCAAGGCUGUUUGUGAAAACUGAGGACGUUCUGAUUGAAGAAAUAACUUGUGUCCUUUGUGUGUGUUUGUGAAUAUGUAUGUGAGUGCGAAUGUGACAGACAGAGGAGAAAGAGACACAGUGUCAGAACAAGAAGCCUUAAAAUUAAGAUUAUAAGUAAGCAAAAUUCUAUCAUUUCCAUCACACUUACAUAGGUGUGUGUAUAUAUAUAUAUAUGUAUAUGCAUGUGUGUAUGUAUGUAUAUAUAUAUAUAUUUCCUCAUGAAUGUAAAAGAACAGGAAGAGUCAGGUAAAUAUCGAAUGUGUAGAGAGAUUUUUCUGGUGUUCUACAGAUUUUGUACAUUGCUUCCUUCAAACAUUUGGACACAAGUAUGUUAGGAAAAUUAAGAAAAGCAUCCAGGACAAUUAUAUUUCUAGAGAAGAAAGAGAGAGCAAGACUAGCUAAGUGAUGCAUAAAGAUUUUAUAAGGCAUCCAUUGUCAAACAAAAGGUUGAGAAUGAUCAGAGGAUAAUGCACAGUUAGGAUGGCAAACUCAUCAAUAGUUAAUUACAACCUGUCCAGUUCUGCCACAAAAUGCAAGAAGCUAUGAACAGCAGCUCUGGGGCACCAGUGGCAGUUGUGCAUGCACAUGUUCAUGCCUGAGUGUGGGAGCAUUAUGCAGUUGUCACAUCCAGAUCAAGACAUUUUCACAUCCCUGUCCCCCCACCACCUCCUGUACUGAUGGGGCAGAAUGCAUCCCGCCCCAAUUACACCUGUGAAAUGGUACGGUAGCCACAUGAACUGUGAUUCUAAGGAUGUUCUUCUUAGUUUACCCAAUGACCUACAAAAUAAAUAGGGACACCUAAGCUGUACAAAGGCAGAUUUAUUCAUUAUUUUUCAACUAUAAUUUUACAUUUGGAAUUUUUUUUUAAGUUUUUUUUUUUUUUUUUUUUAACAAAUACUUGUACAACCUUCAGCCAUUGCCUUUAAUUUUCCCAUUUGCUUUACCACCCCUUAUACUUUCAUUCCAGGACAGUGUCUCAUUAAAAUUCUCUCAGAAAAGUAACACAUCCUCCUAGUGUUCUUCAUUUUGGAAAGUUUUAUGCAUUCCAUCUGUAAAAAUGGUUACUGUUUGUAAAGUGGCAAGUUAAUAAAAUGGCCACUGCUAUGUGUGUGUGUUUCAUUUAGCUAUUUAAAAAAACAAAAUUCAGCAUGCUGCUUUUUCUUGUGCAAACUUUGGUUCCUAUAUCAUAUGGGGCUCCUUUCCCAGAACGUAGCUUGUUUUUGAUGGGGCAACAUUUGUGUUCUCAGUUCAAGCCUCCUGCCAGUUCUCCAGUUUAUAAGAGUGAUCUGCGUUCCAGUGCAAUGUAUGUGCAACAGGUGUGCAAAUAAGUUAAUCUGAAUCUGAACACAAUCUACAUUUACCCUGGCUGAAAUUCCACACACUUUUACUUACCACAAACAGUUCACUGCAACCUGUUUGUACCUAUACAAAUAACUCUUUGUAGGGAUGGCUGAAGCAGUUUGAAGUUUCGUUGUUUGACCGAAGGCUCUUGCUCACUGUCACAAUUGACAUUUUAACAGCUUUUAACAUAGAAGGUCAAACACAGUGAUUUCCUCUAUAACUGUCUGCUGUGUUUCAGUUCUCCUGAACUGGAGAGAUGAGGUUCAUAGGGAGAUGUAAACUGAGAUAAACUGGAUUUGAACCUUCAUGUAUUUGGAAGUUCUUAGGGGUCUGGCAGUGUGUUCAGUCACAGAGGCAUAAAGCCUGGAAACCCCUUUCUCAGUAGGCAUGGGAGGGCUCUCACAGCCUGGCUGCAACCCCCUGUGGCAACCAGCGAUGCACCAGCAGCAGCAAGGGGGCUGCUGUGUAGAGAAUGGAGAGCUUGCUGAUGGCUGGCAAAGCUGGGCUUCAUCCAGUGGACUUUGUCAAGACAUGCUCCUGGGGUAUCCCAGCCAGGCACAGGAAACAGUGGAGUCAAGGCCUGAUGGACAUUUUUUACAAAGGUCUUUCUCUGUUUGGAAUAGAGGAAGUUUUUCAUUUUCACUGAUUGAUCUCAAUGUGAGCAAAACGUGAAUGCUCUGCUGUCCUGCCUGCAGAACCAAAGCAUGCACUAUGGAAUAUAGCUGUACAAGGGGAUACAAAAAUUUGCAUCAUGUUGAUCUAAUAAUCGUGACAUUAGUAGCUUCAUAAAUAUUGUAUGUAAUCUAAACAAGUUUUUUCCAUGAGUAAUCUGAGGGAAUUAAAAGUCCUGUUUUAAUUUGACAUUUCUUUUCUUGUAUUUUCUGUACUGUAACAGUCCUACAAUAUGUCUUUUGCAUAAAAUGCAUAAGGUUUUGGGGAUAUAAAUGGAGUUUUACUCAUACUUUGUCCAAAUACCUCUUGUAAUUUGUAUCAAAAUUCUUGUACAAUUUUUAUAUUAAAGAUUUAUCACUCACUGA